AUGGCACUGCACUCCAUGGCGCUAAAAAGCACACUGCUCACCCUUCCCCUACCAGGCCUUUCCCCAUCUCACCCUCCUCCCUCUCACCCUCCCCUCGCUCACCCUCCCUCUCUCUCCCUCCCCACCCUCCCCCUCGCCACCCUCGCAGGCAGUGUAACGUCUUUCCAUCAGCGCAGUGCUCGGUCCAUUCCCUACAGCAGGGUAAAGCCCACCCCAUCCCCCGCAGGCGUGACCUUCAAGCCAGUCCAACUUCCCCCUCCCCCCCCUUCCUUCCUCUCCCCGCUCUCCACCCCCUCAGGCGGCAUAACAUCCUUCCAGCAGGGUAAAGCCCACCCCAUCCCCUGCGCCCUGCCGCUCGCUCUGCUGCUGACCAACACGCAUGUCCCUCGCAGCACGAGCGGCAUAACGUCCUUCCAGCAGGGUAAAGCCCACCCCAUCCCCUGUGCUCUACCGCUCUCCCUGCUGCUCACCAACACGCGAGUCCCUCGCAGCACGCGCGUGCUCGUGUCAGGAGUGGCUGCGCGCCUGGCAGCACAUGCCGACAGUGUGACAGCCGUGCUGCAAGCCAUGCACCAUGUGGCCCUGCAGGCCUCCCAGCUGCUACAGCAGCAGCAGCAGGGAUCCGAAUCAAGAGCAGCGAGUGCCACCAGAGAGGCAAGUGCCACCGGUGCAGGAGCAGUGGCACAGGUAGCAGAAGCUGCUGCCGGUACUGAGUCCAUGGCGAACAAUGCAGCACUGGAAGAACCACCAGCAGCAGCAGCAGCAGCAGCAGCAGCAGCAACAACAACAACAGAGCUAGACACAGUGCAAGCAAGAGAAUCAAAAGAAGAAGAAAAGGAAGAAGCAGCAACAUUAGACCCGUCCGGUGCUGUCUAUUCAUCCCUGUGCACGCUCGUGAGCAUGAAUCAGGGCCUGCUGAGCGCUCUGGGGGUGAGCCAUGGCAGCAUUGACACGGUGUGCAUGGCCUCAGCGCGCCAUGGGCUGUGCUCCAAGCUCACAGGGGCGGGGGGAGGCGGGUGUGUCAUCACGCUGCUACCACCAGUUAGGUCCGAGAAGAUCUGCGGCGAUUCCGUCGGCGUGGCCGUCGACGGGGAGCCAUUCAUCGCGUGCGGCCACUGCAACUACCCCGUCUGCCGGCCAUGCUACGAGUACGAGCGCAAGGAGGGCGGCAAAGCGUGCCCCAACUGCAAGACCUUCUACAAACGCCUCAAGGGCAGCCCGAGGAUCGAAGCGGACGAUGAGGAGGACGAGGAGGAGGGAGGAGAGGAACAACCAGCGGACUGGCGGUACCGCUCGUCGCUUUACCAGAGCGAUCCUAGCCCUCCGCCGGCGGGAGCAGGAACGCUGCAUCAAUCGCAGCCGUCCAUGGACGACGCGCAGAACCUCGGAUACGGCGCGUCGCCGAUUCACGAGAACUCCGCGUACCGAAGGUCGCAGAUGGACAACGACUCGGCGAGUGACUAUAACGAGCACCUGGGCAUGCCCGUGGGAUCGACGUCGCCGCAGGUCGGACCACGCAACGCCAUCGUGCCUAGCGGAGGGGGUUUUGGCACGUUCGGAAACGCCACCAGUCAAGCGCAGAACGACUGGCUCGCGCAAUCAGGCUCGGAAACCCCCGCCGUGCGCGCGCUGGACCCGAAGAAGGACCCGACCGAGUACGGGUACGGCAGCGUCGUGUGGAAGGGGCGCACCGUGGCUUCCGCUGACGGCAUGGAGGCGGGCGCCGGCGGGGGCCCGGGGAACUACGCGUACGGCGGCAUGGGCGCAGACGGGUCUCCCACGCAAGACCAGGAUGGCGAUCUGCCCACCAUGGACGAAGCGCGCCAGCCGCUCUCCCGCAAGAUCCACCUCAAGUCGGAGUUAAUCUCGCCGUACCGCCUCGUCAUCGUGAUGCGCCUCGUCGUCACCGUCCUUUUCCUCCGCUGGCGUAUCAUGAACCCCGUGUGGGACGCGUACGGGCUCUGGCUCGUGUCGAUCAUCUGCGAAGUCUGGUUCUUCUUCUCCUGGAUCCUGGAUCAGUUUCCGAAAUGGAACCCGAUUCGGCGGGAAACGUACAUGGACCGGCUGUCGCUGCGAUUCGAGAAGCCCAACGAAGACUCGCAGCUCGCACCCGUCGAUCUGUUCGUAUCGACGGUGGAUCCAUUGAAGGAGCCGCCGCUGACUACGGCGAACACGCUGCUGUCGAUCCUGGCCGUCGAUUACCCGGUCGACAAGGUCGCGUGCUACUUAUCCGACGAUGGUGGCUCCAUGCUGACGUUCGACAUGAUGGGCGAGACGGCGGAAUUCGCGCGUAUCUGGGUGCCCUUUUGCAAGAAGUACAACAUCGAGCCGCGCGCGCCCGACGUUUAUUUCAUCCAGAAGGUGGAUUUUUUGAAAGACAAGCUGGACACGACGUUUGUGCUGGAGCGUCGCACCGUGAAGCGGCAGUACGAGGAGUUCAAAGUGCGCAUCAACGCGCACUGCGCGCGUUUCCAGAACGUGCCGGCCGACGGGUGGACGAUGCAGGACGGCACACCGUGGCCCGGAAAUAAAUCCCGCGACCAUCCCGGCAUGAUCCAGGUGUUCCUUGGUCCUAACGGCGGCGCGGGCACGGACGGCGUGGCGCUGCCGCGGCUCGUGUACGUAUCGCGGGAGAAGCGGCCCGGGUAUAAUCACCACAAGAAGGCCGGAGCCAUGAACUCGCUGGUGCGCGUCGCGGCGGUGCUGACGAACGCGCCGUACAUUCUGAAUCUGGAUUGCGAUCAUUACCUCAACAACUCGCGCGCGCUCCGGGAAGCGAUGUGUUUCAUGAUGGACCCGAACGUGGGGAAGCGGUGCUGCUACGUGCAGUUCCCGCAGCGAUUCGACGGCAUCGACCCCAGCGAUCGAUACGCCAACAACAACACCGUGUUCUUCGACAUUAACUUGCCCGGGCUCGACGGAGUGCAAGGGCCCGUAUACGUCGGAACUGGUUGCUGUUUCCGGCGGCACGCGCUGUACGGAUUCGAUCCGCCCAAGAAGGAGAAGAAGCCGCGCAACGGGAUCUGCGCGCUCUGCCACUGCAUCUUCUGCUGCGGGGGCUGCGACGGGCGCAAGAAGAAGUCUGCGGAGCUUCAGGCGCUGGCGGAAGGCGGAGGGCUGAGUGACGGGAAGAGCAAGGGGAAGGCGAAGGGGCGCAAGGGGAAGGGGAAGAGCGGGCGGAUGGAGCGGAUCGCGGAGGGGAGGGAGGAAGCUGCGGCGAUGGCUAUGAACGCGAUGGGCAUGGGGAUAGACGACGUGGAAGGCAUGACGGAGGAGGACGAGAAGGGAAGCCUGAUGGCUCUGAAGAAGUUCGAGAAGCGGUUCGGCGCGUCGCCCGUGUUCGUGCUGUCCACGUUCCACGAGGAGGGCGGCGGCGUGGCGUUCACGGGCCCGGGAUCGACGCUCAAGGAGGCAAUCCACGUCAUCUCGUGCGGCUAUGAGGAGGGCACGGACUGGGGCAAGGAGAUCGGGUGGAUCUACGGGUCCGUGACAGAGGAUAUUCUCACGGGCUUCAAGAUGCAGUGCCGCGGGUGGCGCUCCAUUUACUGCCAGCCCAAGCGGGUGGCGUUCAAGGGGUCUGCGCCCAUCAAUCUGUCCGACCGUCUGCAGCAGGUGUUGCGUUGGGCUCUGGGUUCCAUCGAAAUCUUUCUCUCCCGGCAUUGCCCCAUCUGGUACGGCUGGAAGGCAAACCGCCUCAAGGUGCUGCAACGGCUGGCGUAUGCGAACACGGCCGUGUACCCGUUCACGUCGUUCCCGCUGCUCGCGUACUGCAUGCUGCCCGCGAUUUGUCUGUUUACGGGGAAAUUCAUCAUUCCUGGGCUGACCACCAUCGCGACGCUGUAUUUCGUCGGGCUUUUCGCGGCGAUUAUCGCGACUUACGUGCUGGAGCUGAGGUGGAGCGGGGUGAGUAUGACGGAGCUGUGGCGAAACGAGCAGUUUUGGGUUAUCGGUGGCGUGUCGGCGCAUCUGUUCGCGGUGUUCCAGGGCCUUUUGAAAGUGCUAGCUGGCAUCGACACGAAUUUCACGGUCACGGCGAAGCAGGCGGAUGACGGGGAGUUUGCUGAGCUGUACAUGGUGAAGUGGACGACGCUGCUGAUCCCCCCGAUGUUCCUCGUCAUUAUCAACAUCCUUGGGAUUAUAUCGGGGAUCGCGCAGGCGAUGAAUAUGGGGACGGUUGGGAUGGGGACAAUGUUCGGCAAGAUUUUCUUUUCGCUCUGGGUGAUUCUGCAUCUUUACCCGUUUUUGAAGGGUAUGAGCGGGAAGAACAAGCGCGUGCCGACGCUGGUUGUUGUGUGGUCGAUUCUGCUCGCCUCGGUGUUUUCGCUCCUCUGGGCGGAUAUCAACCCGUGGCGAGCGGAUGCAACCGGGCCUACUGCUGAGGAGUGCGGCAUUCGGUGCUAG